GGCAUAAGACAGACAACUUGAUUCACAGUCAACGGUUAACGUCAACUCGCUGGCUUCCAAGAUACUCUUUCAAAAAAUACCAUGUCGUCCUACUCUAUCAGGCAGACAACCACGUCCUCUGGCUCCAUGAAGGGCCUUGGAGGCUUUGGAGGUGGUUCCAGCAGAGUAUCUGGCGUUUACAGGGCACCAAGCAUCCAUGGAGGUAGUGGUGGCCAAAAUGUCUCCAUCUCUUCUACAAGAGUGAUGUCUGGCAUGGGUGGAGGAUAUGGAAGCUGUGGUGUUGAUGCUGGUCUAGGUGGGGGCUACAUGUCUAACUAUGGCGGGGGUUAUGGCUCUGGCUAUGUGUUUGGAGGAGGUGUGGCUGGAGGAGAAGGCCUUAUCUCAGGAAGUGAAAAGUAUACCAUGCAGAAUCUGAACGACCGUUUGGCUGCCUAUCUGGAGAAGGUGCGCUCAUUGGAGAAAGCCAAUGGAGAACUGGAAAUCAAGAUAAGAGAUUGGUACCAGAAGCAGGCGCCCGGUCCAGCCGCUGACUACUCCCAUUACUACAAGACAAUCGAGGAUCUCCGCAACAAGAUUCUUUCUGCUACGAUGGACAACGCGGGUCUUCUUCUGCAGAUUGACAAUGCUAAACUGGCUGCCGAUGACUUCAGAACCAAGUAUGAGACCGAACUUGCCCUUCGUAUGAAUGUUGAGGCUGACAUCAAUGGCCUGCGCAGAGUCCUGGAUGAUUUGACCAUAAACCGAUCUGACCUAGAGAUCCAGAUUGAAAGUCUUAAGGAGGAGCUUGCAUAUCUGAAGAAGAACCACGAAGAAGAAAUGAUUGCUCUACGGGGACAAGCUACUGGCCAGGUGAAUGUGGAAAUGGAUGCUGCACCUUCUUCAGACCUAACAAAGACCUUGGCUGAAAUGAGAAUCCAGUAUGAAAACCUAGCUGAGAAGAACAGGCGAGACGUAGAAGAAUGGUUCUUUAAAAAGACCGAAGAGCUGAACAAAGAAGUUGCCAACAGCAGCGUAAUGAUCCAGAGCAGCAAGACAGAGAUUACAGAUCUGAAACGUACUUUGCAGAGCCUAGAGAUAGAGCUUCAGACCCAACUGAGCAUGAAAGCGGCAUUAGAGGGCUCAUUAGCAGAGACAGAAGGCCGUUAUUGCGUCCAGCUUUCACAGAUCCAAGGCCUAAUCAGUUCGGUGGAGGCACAGCUUGGUGAGCUGCGGUCGGACAUGGAACGCCAGAGUCACGAGUACAAGAUCCUCAUGGACGUGAAGACUCGUCUAGAGCAGGAAAUUGCCACCUACAGACGUCUCCUGGAAGGAGAAGAUGCUCACUUAUCCCAAAAGGAUGGCCCCAAGACCACGCGCCAAGUUCGUACCAUCGUACAGGAAACGGUUAAUGGGAACGUUGUCUCUUCCCGCGAAGACGUUAGGAAGUUGCCCUAUUGAGCGUUGGCUGAAAACCCAGAAUACAAAUAAUCCCUGACUCCCAUAGGGAAGGAAUGAAUGCGGCUAUGGGUUCCAUAGAGCCCCAUAUAUGAUAAUAUAUAGAGAAUAUCUGGGAUUAGUCUAUGUUCCACCCGUGUCUUCUCAGCUUGAUAAACUGUUUUUGCAACUUGAUAUCUUCUUUUAAUAAAUCUCCGAGCUUUUUCAUGCAUUUUA